AUGAGUGGAGGCAACAUCAAGGUCGUAGUCAGAUGCCGUCCACUCAAUGCCAGAGAGCUAGCACGCGGAGCUACAUCACUGGUCCGUAUGUCCGGCAACCAGACUAUUAUCACCAAACCAGCCGAACACAAGAAUUCGAAAGAUAAAGAAGAAGAUGUAAAGGCAUUUACAUUCGAUAAGUCAUACUGGUCAGCGGAUAAGAACGAUCCGACAUAUGCUGAUCAGGCCAUGGUGUACAAUGACCUGGGAGAGGACUUGUUGGAUCAUGCGUUUGGUGGCUAUAAUUGCUGUAUCUUUGCGUAUGGCCAGACUGGGUCUGGUAAAUCUUAUUCUAUGAUGGGCUACGGCGAAGACAAGGGUAUCAUUCCCCGAACCUGUUCCGAAAUGUUUAAUCGAAUCAACCGACAAACAGCCAAUAACCUAACGUACCGAGUCGAAGUCUCCUAUAUUGAAAUUUACAACGAAAAAGUACGAGAUUUGUUGAAUCCUAAAAACAAAGGCAACCUUAAAGUUCGUGAACAUCCAAGUUUGGGUCCAUAUGUUGAAGAUUUAUCUCGAGUGGCAGUAAACUCAUUUGCUGAUAUUGAACAUUUAAUGGACGAGGGAAACAAGGCUCGAACGGUCGCGGCAACCAAUAUGAACGAAACGUCUUCUCGAUCACAUGCUGUGUUCACACUAUUUUUAACCCAAAAACUACAAGAUGACCUUACCAAAUUAGAGACGGAGAAGGUGGCAAGAAUCAGUUUGGUCGAUUUGGCUGGUAGUGAAAGAGCUAAUAGCACGGGUGCUACCGGUCAGCGACUAAAGGAAGGAGCCAAUAUCAAUCGUUCGCUCACCACACUAGGCAAAGUCAUCGCAGGCUUGGCCGAACAAUCAUCUCAAGAUCCCAAAAAGGGAAAGAAACAAAAAGAGGUGUUCAUUCCUUAUCGAGAUUCUGUCUUGACAUGGCUGUUGAAAGAUUCACUUGGUGGUAACUCUAAAACGGCCAUGGUGGCCGCCAUCUCUCCAGCGUCGGACAACUACGAAGAAACGCUAAGUACUCUGAGAUACGCAGAUCAAGCCAAGAGGAUCAAGAAUAAGGCAGUAGUAAACGAAGAUCCCAACGCCAAGCUUAUUCGCGAACUCAAAGAAGAGUUGGAUCUUUUGCGAGACAAGUUGAUGGUGUAUGCUCCUGAAGAACUGGAGCAGAUGGCAGCCAACAGCAGUCAUCUCAAGGGAGGCUCUGGACCUAUUUCACCAACAUCUGGUGGCCGUCCCCUAGGCAACAUGAAGCAGGAGAUUGUCAUCAAGGAUCAACACGGUGUUGAAAAGAAGAUGACGCGUGAGGAAGUCAUUGAGCAGCUACAGUCCUCAGAAAAGCUCUUCAACGAACUCAACGAAACGUGGGAGGACAAAUUGAAAAAGACAGAACAAAUUCAACUUGAACGAGAGAAAGCUUUGGAAGAACUUGGUAUUGCCGUGGAGAAGAACAAUGUGGGAGUGUAUACCCCCAAGAAAAUGCCUCAUCUUGUCAAUUUGAACGAAGACCCUCUCAUGUCUGAGUGCCUCAUGUAUCAGAUCAAACUAGGUACCAUCCGUGUUGGACGGCAAGAUAGUGAAGUACCCGCUGAUAUUCGACUGAGUGGCCCCAAUAUCUUUGACAGUCAUUGUCAAUUCGAAAACGUCAACGGCAUUGUGACGCUUCAUCCCAACGAGCAGUCCAUGACCAUGGUCAACGGAAUGCGAAUUUCAGAACCAAGGCGAUUACGCAGCGGUUACCGAAUCAUCCUAGGCGACUACCAUGUGUUUCGAUUCAACCAUCCCGAAGAAGUGCGUCGUGAACGAGAUUUACAAAAGACAGCUGUCACUCGACGAAGUGGCACCCCUAGCGAUUUCGAUGACGAGCGUCCUGAAUCACCUACCAAUAUGUCGGAAAAUGCCAGUAUUGGGUCCGAAGUGGUGGAUUGGAACUUUGCCAAACGUGAAGCAGUGUUGAACUAUUACAAUACUGAAUCCAAUUUCGGUGGAUUAAAGGACGAAGAACUCGAAAAGCUUUUCGAUGAUAUUACAAAGAUUAGAAAUUUAAGAAAGACUAGAUCAGAAAGCCGCGCCGGUGAAUGCGAAGAUGACACAUCUUCACGAAAUUCCUAUCAGAAUGGAAGCUCUUCAACCAACGGCACCUUGCUAGACGACGGUUUUGAAAGUCUGGACACGGAAGCGACUAUAGUCCAAGCUGAUUUGGAAGAGCGAUUGAAAUUAGCAAAAGAAGAGUUACAGCAACAAUUAGAUUCUCAAAAGAAGCAGUAUGAAGAAAAGAUCAAUCGAAUGUCGUUGCAAGUUUCGCCAACAGGAAGCACUAUGCUCAGCGGUCUUUCGUUUGGUCCAUUAUCAGCGUCCAUGGAGUUCUUUACAGCUGAACAAGUCUCGGCUGUCACCAAGGCUAUCCAACAAUGGAAGAAGCAACGCCUUGUCAUCAUGGCUGAAACAUUGUUGACCAAUGCGGCCAUGUUGAAAGAAGCUAAUAUCAUUUCUCGUGAGCUCGAAAAAAAUGUCAUCUAUCAAUUCACCGUCAUUGACGAUGAGCAACCUUCCAACCCCCUGUCUUGUUUGGAAACCACAUCAGCCUUGCACCAGUUCAACAACGAUGAUGAUACCAAUCUUGUUUCUUCCGAAAAGCCUUGUGUUGGCAUUCGAGUCCUCGAUAACCGACAUCAAGCGUUUUACACUUGGUCACUGGAAAAGCUUAAAAUGCAGCUACACCAAAUGCGCAACUUGUACAACUUCGUUGACAAACCUCAGUAUCGCAAGCAUUUCAACUGGGAAGAUCCAUUUUACGAAAUUCCUUGUCUAAAGUACUCGUUCAUUGGCCGCGCAGUUGUACCCGUACGCAACUUGGCGUACCAUCGCCCGUUUACAACCAGGGCGAAUGUCUACUGUAAGGUCACUGGACAGAUUAAAGGAACCCUCACAGUAGAUAUUCAUCCUAUUGCUCGAACAAGUAUGAAUACCUCACAGACUACGGAUGAUACCACGCUUCGAGUGGGUCAGGAGCUUUCCUUCCAAGUGCAUAUACAGGAGCUGGACGGCAUAUAUGAAUCAGAAUAUACUCAAGUUCACGUUCAAUUCAAGCUCUCGUCGUUCGGCAGUAUUUCCACUCAUUCCGUGGCAGAAAAACUGUUUUGCACCGAGGCCGUCGGCGACUUCGCUGCAUCGGCCAUAAAGUUCAACUUUUCGCAAACUAUUUCCAUUACUGUAACCGAAAACGUCAAGCAUCGGAUUCUGAACGAGCCCAUUGUCUUUGAAAUUUAUGGUGUAGCACAACCCCGAACGCUUGCUCACUUGGAGCUUUGGGAUGCUGCCCGAGAGAAGGCUAGAGCUGUAAAAUCCAAUGGGUCUAAUGCAAGUGGCAAUGUAAAUGGUAACAGCAAUGGAAAGAGCAACAAAGCAACUGGCAAUAGUAACGGAGUUGGCAGCAUACACGCUUCCGAUACCGGCCAUGGAGCAGGCAAUACCAACACCUCUGGAAACCACAGCCCAAAUAAUGCCCUCGAACGAAGAUCAGAGGAAGAACUCGUAGUGGCAGAGAGACAUGAUGUUCUCGCUUGGGUGCAAGUUUGUGAACUCACACCCGAUGGUAAUUACAAUCCAACUCAGCUACUAUCACAGAACUCGUUGGAUGCAGGCGUAUUUUUACUCCACCAAGGUCUACAGAGACGUAUUUAUUUAACAUUAUCCCAUACAUCUGGCCGUCAAUUCCCUUGGACCCGUGUAUCCAAAGUCACCAUCGGUAAAGUCAGGUUAUUAGACGCCAAAGGAAGAAUUGUCGAAUCCCCCGCCCAUGAAGACAUUCCUCUCCGUCUCCUUCCACAGCAAAAGGUGACUUACCUUCGCGAUGGCACAAGCACACUCUCCAUACAGUGUAUCUGGGAUAGCUCUUUGCACGAUUCCCUAUUCUUAAAUCGCACUACCGCCAUGAGUAGUCGUAUUCUUCUUCACUUAAAAUGGGAGGUUGAAGCGACAAAGUGUCUACAACCCGUGAAAUUCAACAUGGAUAUCGCAGUCCAAAUUCAAGGCCGUGAUAGCAGCAACCCAUCGAAAUUGCGCAACUUGCUUGCUUCUCAUAAAACGUUGAAAAAAUGCAGUGGUAUUUUCCUAGUCAACCUUCGACCGCCCAUGACUAGAAAGGUUGCUGACCUCUGGAGAUUGAACACUGCCAGUAAAACCCUUCGCGCUGAAGAAUGUCUAGGUUCCUGGCAACCGCGCGGCGUCUCGCUUGUUCAUGACUACCAAAGAUUAAAAACCUUGUUCUCAAAGCAAAAGCAAGUUGCAUUGAUUCGUCAGCACUUGGCCAUGAUAGAGAAUCAAGACGAUGAUGAACGAGCAGCGUUAUCUCUCAAGAUUGCUAAUGUAGAAGCCAAUACAGACGGCAUAUAUAGCGAAAAACAAGUAGAACUGCUAAAGAAUGUUAUAAAGCUGUGGCGUGCCAAGCCAUACAAAUGUAAAGAGAUGGUCAUAAGCCAAGACCCACCAGACAGCAGCGAUAUACCAUCACCUGAUGUUCGUCAACACAGUCGGCCAAAUUCCAAACUCAUAGCAGAAGUAAAGCAAGUCACUCAAAGUGAUAGUAUAUCGAAAAAAGGAUACCUUAUGUAUCAAGAGAAUGCAGUAGAAGACAAAUGGGUUAAAAAGUGGUUUGUUGUACGCAGACCAUACAUAUACAUAUAUGCCAAUCACUCUGAGACCGACGAGCAUGGAGUGAUCAACCUGGCAUCCAUUAGAAUCGAUCAUCAAAAACAAGUUGAAGAGUUACUUCAGCGUUCCAACGUGUUUGCACUGUACACCAAUAACAAUGCAUAUCUGAUGCAAGCAGCCAACCGUCAAGAUAUGGUGGAUUGGAUUAGCAAACUUGAUCAAUUUUAUCCUGUAGACCGAUUGAUAUGA